AGGUAAAAAAACAUGGGUGUACCAGCAUUCUUCCGUUGGCUUACAAGGAAAUAUCCGUCCAUUAUUGUCAAUGCCAACGAAGAGCGCCAGAGAAAUGCUGACGGCACACGAAUCCCAAUUGACUCCACCAAACCAAAUCCAAACUUUCAGGAAUUUGACAAUUUGUACCUUGAUAUGAAUGGUAUCAUUCAUCCUUGCACCCACCCGGAAGACAGGCCAGCACCUGCUAACGAGGAUGAGAUGUUUGCUCUUAUCUUCGAGUACAUCGAUAGAAUCUUCUCCAUUGUACGACCACGAAAAGUGCUAUACAUGGCAAUCGACGGUGUAGCUCCUCGUGCAAAGAUGAAUCAACAACGCAGCCGACGUUUUCGUGCAUCAAAAGAAGCUUGGGAGAAGGCCGCUUCGAUUGAAGAGCAAAGACGGCGUCUUGAAGAGGAAGGCAUUCCACUGCCUCCUAAAAAAGAAGAGGAAAGUCAUUUUGAUAGUAACUGUAUCACACCAGGCACUCCUUUUAUGGCAAGGCUAGCCGAUGCACUUCGUUACUACAUUCAUGAGCGAAUCACUACUGACCCAGCAUGGGCCAAGAUUGAGGUGAUUCUGUCGGAUGCUAACGCACCAGGAGAAGGAGAGCACAAGAUCAUGGACUUCAUUCGUAGGCAACGUUCAAAUCCUGCUCAUAAUCCUGAUACAGUGCAUUGCCUUUGUGGUGCUGAUGCAGAUCUUAUCAUGCUUGGGUUAGCCACCCAUGAAGCCAAUUUCAACAUUAUACGGGAGGAAUUCAUCCCCAACCAGCAGCGCCCAUGCGAGCUUUGUGGACAAUACGGACAUGAACUCAAGCAAUGUCGAGGACUGGAAAAUGAAGAGAAAGGUCCUGAGCAUGCUGAUCCAAUCUCGAAGGAGAAGAAUUUCAUCUUUUUGAGGAUCCCCGUUUUACGGGAGUAUCUAGAGAGGGACCUUACAAUGGAAAAUCUGCCAUUCAAAUAUGAUUUUGAAAGGGUUAUUGACGACUGGGUCUUCCUUUGUUUUUUCGUGGGAAAUGAUUUUCUUCCCCAUCUGCCCUCGUUAGAGAUUCGUGAGGGAGCUAUCGAUCGCCUUAUCAAAUUAUAUAAGGAUAUGGUGUAUAGCAUGAAAGGUUACCUCACCAAAGAUGGCGACGUUUACAUGGAUCGUGUAGAGCGGAUCAUGCUUGGACUUGGAGAAGUGGAGGAUGAGAUCUUCAAGCGACGCCAGCAAGAUGAGGAGCGCUUCAAAGCGAUACGGAAAGCAAAGAAAGCUCGAAUGGGCGGUGGGCGCCGUCCUCAGGCGCCCUCAUAUGUUCCACAAUCUGGAUCUCUUAUCGCGCCGUUAGCAAGAGCUACUCCAUUGAGUGGUGAAACAACACGAUCUUUAGCUGCCACCGCUAGAAUCGAGGCAAUGCAGUACGCUGAAAAUGAAGAAGCAGCUAAGCGGUUGAAACUUAUGCUGAAAGAAGAAGGAUCAGCGGAUAACGCAAAUGCAAACGAUAGCAGUAGCAGAAAAAGGAAGGCGGAGGCUCCUAUAGACGUCGAUUCUGACGAAGAUCCACCAGAUGACAUACGUUUGUUUGAAUCAGGAUGGAAGGAUCGCUAUUACAGAGCGAAGUUUGAUGUUGGGGCGGAUGAUGUUGCUUUUAGAAGAAAAGUUGCGUGGGCCUAUGUUGAAGGGCUUUGCUGGGUGUUGAAGUACUAUUAUCAGGGAUGCGUUAGCUGGGAUUGGUAUUUUCCAUACCAUUACGCUCCAUUCGCCAGUGAUUUUGAUACGGUUGCACAAUUCAAGCCAGAUUUUUCUCGUCCGACAAAGCCGUUCAAACCGUUGCAACAGCUGAUGAGCGUGUUUCCUGCUGCCAGCAAGCAACAUCUUCCUCCAGAGUGGCAGAAAUUGAUGACCGAGGAGGACUCGCCCAUAAUUGAUCUUUAUCCUAUUGAUUUUCGUAUUGAUUUGAAUGGCAAGAAGUAUGCAUGGCAAGGUGUUGCACUUUUACCUUUUGUCGACGAGGAUCGUUUGCUGAAAGCACUUGAAUCGGUCGAGGAUACGCUGACCGAUGAAGAGCGAGCACGAAAUACCACAGGUCCCAACCGAAUAUUUAUUGGUCGAAAUCAUCCGGCUUUUGACUUUUUCCAAGAACUCUAUGCAAAUCCUGAUGGAGAGUCAAAAUCAGUAGAUAUCGAUCCAGCGUUUACUUACGGUGUUAGUGGUAGAAUAAUAGCUGAUGAGACAGCUGUAGCCCCUGAUCAGCCAUUUCCUUCACCUGUACGAGAUAAGACAUGUCCGGAUCUGGCCGUAAAUGGAGCUAUCAUGGUGAUAUACGAGGAUCCCCAAUAUCCCGAAGGCUUCAUAUUCCCUGCAAGGCGGCUGGAACACGCUAAAGAGAUACCUCGCACACUUCGUGACUAUAGUGACCGUCGUAACGGCAACGAUUAUCGCCCACAAAUAGGAUUUACUCGCGAUGUUCCCGGACGGGCAAGUUUGGAUGAGUCUGCUCAUCGAUUUAUUCAGCGAGAGGGUGGUUACGGAGGUUAUGAUGACCGUGGUUACAGAGGAAGAGGAAACUCAUACAAUGGUGGUGGAGGAUACAGAGGCGGUUACAAUGACCAAAGUAGCUAUGGAAGUCGCAAUGGAGUUUCUAGCUACAAUCAAAGUCCAGGCUAUGGUGGUGGUGGUGGUGGUGGAAGAGGCUAUGACCGAGGAGGUUACAGUAGUAGCGACCGCGGUUAUCCAUCUAAUAGGAGAGGAAAAAUGGUGUUUUUGUGUCAACAGCCAGGUUUGGAUCGAUCUACUCUCAUGGAGCAAGCGGAGUUAUUGCAGGAGCGAAACGAGCUGAUUGAAGACGUUCGUUUCGUACGCCGGCUUCUGUUCGAAGAGCUCUGGGAACCACUGACCGCAAGUGAAGAGGAAAUGAAGGGAGAAGAAAAAGUACUAUCCUAUUUGGUUCGCGGCGAAGUCCGCAAAACCUGUUUCAAAAUUGAAGAUGACCAAUCGAUGUCCCUCAAAGUUAUUCUCUUUGGGUGCCAAGGAAGCGAACCCGCAGUUAGAGAAUGCACUAUGCACACAGGUUGCGGUUCUGUCGGUUCUCCACUCCUGAAUAAACCGGGAAACCGCUGGAAAGGCGACCGAAGAUGCGUCUGCCUCCACUUCGGAGACUUGGUCAUCGAGAAAAUCGGAGAGAGCACCGCUUUGCAAGCCUCCGUACGCGACGCUCUUCCCCGGAAGCACGACCUCAGUAAAAUUCGUAAACCUGGACGACGAAGAACUACGACUGCAGCUUGA